ACUCUUUGUAUGCACGUUCAUCACCACCUUUGAUUCGAGCAAGAACAGUGGAGCUGCUAGCAAACUUAAAUAAGAAAGGACGCAGAACCUUGAGUUUGGAUAUUGCACUUGAGUGUUACCCUGGGUAAUGUGGCCGAGGACGAGUGUGUACAAGGGUUUAACUUUGAACUGAGUAUGCUGCAGUUUAAUGAAAGCUUCCUGGGAAUAUGUUUUGUUAUCUUGGUCCGUGUGGAACGCUGUUUCAUUUGCUGUAUUCAGGUUGCAUUUGAAAACAGCACAUCAUGAGUAUUCUCUCUCUUCUUGAUUUUUUUUGCAAGUCAUCAGCCCAGCUUUUAACAGUUUCCUUAAUUUCAUCUUAAUUGAAUGAGAUGUGAUCUCCAAUAGACUUCAAAUGAAAAUCCGCUCAGCAAUACUAAAUAUUGUAUGGGAUAAUAUGCGUAAUCCUCCUCAAGCGUCGAAUCAUUUCAUCAAUAUAUUCAAUCUGUUUGGAUGGUGGGGAAAUCUUCCAGGAGGGAAUUUUUCAAGAUGCCUUUGGACAAGUAAUGCCAGAAAAUAAAUCCAUGAGUGUGAAUCAAAAAGAGACGGGGACCAUCACUGAUGUGUGCAGCAGUGAGGAGUUGCCUGAGGUAGAACUUGUGAGCUUGAUUGAAGACCAGCUGCCCCAGUAUCACCUGCGAGCAGACUCGCUCUACUUCUAUCAGAACGAGGACUGGGAGCAGACCUCUGAGCAUCCUGAACAUGCAUCUGGUGGGCUUUCUCCCACCCAGGCUGAGGAGGCCUUCCGUUACAUGACUUUCUUCGAAAAGGAAGAGAGUUCCUCGUUGCUCCCAAUGUCUUGCAGUUGUCCUCAAGUUCUCAGUUCUGAAAGGGUGGAUCAGAUGACAAGAACGUACAAUGACAUUGAUAUGGUCACACACUUGCUGGCUGAGAGAGAUCGUGAUUUGGAAUUGGCUGCUCGGAUAGGGCAGUCUUUACUGCAGCGGAACAGAGCACUGUCUGAGAGAAAUGAACUCCUAGAAGAACAGUUGGCCCAGGCUUAUGAUCAAGUUAACCAGCUGCAACAUGAGCUGUCAAAAAAGGAUGAGCUUCUGAAAGUUGUGGCCAAUGCCUCUGAGGAGAGUGAAUCUGACUCCAGCUGCUCCACACCUCUCCGACGUAAUGAGUCCUUUCAUUUGUCACAUAGUUUGAUGCAGUUGGACGCAUUGCAAAGUAAACUACGAGAACUGGAGGAUGAAAAUCUUUCUCUCCGUUCUGAGGCUUGUCACCUAAAGACAGAAACCAUCAACUAUGAAGAGAAGGAACAACAGCUGGUCAAUGACUGUGUGAAGGAGUUGAGAGAAGCAAAUAUAAAUAUUUCUAACCUAGCAGAUGAACUCUCCAGAAAAAAUGACGACAUUGUUCGUCAUCAGGAGGAGAUUACCAACCUACUCAGUCAAAUCGUGGAGCUUCAACUUAAAGUCAAGGAGUGCGCCAUUGAGAAAGAAGAACUGAAGCAACAUCUUCAGGCAUCUAAAGAUGCCCAGCGACAGCUUACAGCAGAACUGCUGGAAGUACAGGAUCAUAAUGCUGAGUGUUUGGGAAUGUUACAUGAAUCUCAGGAAGAACUAAAAGAAUUGCGGAACAAGUCAACAUCAUGCGCACUAAACCGGCCCCAAGCUUACAGCAUGUUCUCUAUGAAUUCCUUGGCUGCUGAGAUUGAAGGAAGUAUGCGCAGGGAGCUUAAUCUUGAAGAGUCAACGAUGGAAGAUCAAAGGAGCCAACACAGACGGGUUUUCUGUACAGUCCGAAGCAUAAAUGAAACCCUACAAACUCAUGUGCCAGCUUCUUCUCUGGGAUCUAUCCCAGGAUCUGGUUGUUCAUCUCUUCUUGUAACUAUGAAAUCCCAGCAACCCAACAUGGGAUCAUCUGAUCCAAAGGUGUCAAAAAACUCAUCUGGUGAAGCUGGUUCCCACUGUAAAUGGUCCAGUGUUGGACAGCCGGGAGCACCUGGUGGCAAAGACCUGUCCACUGCUUUGCGCCGCCUUUCUCUGCGGCAGGAGAAUUACUUGAGUGAGAAGAGGUUCUUUGAAAGUGAACGGGACCGGAAGCUGAUGGCCAUGGCAACAAAAGAGGAGUCUGGCUGCAGUACGCCAGCAGAGAGUGUGAUGUCCACUGGGACCAACCUCAGGGACCUAACAGAGAUGUCUUGCUUUUCCAGUGUGUCGAGCUCUUACCGCACAUUCCUACCUGAGAAGCUACAGAUUGUCAAACCACUUGAAGGUUCAAUGACUCUACAUCAGUGGCAACAGUUAGCACAGCCUAACCUGGGCACAAUUUUAGACCCACGGCCCGGUGUCCUCACUAAGGGCUUUGAGCUACUUCAGGAAGAUGAUAGUUACCAUCUCUCUGAUCUGGAAGAGGACAGUGAGGAAGGAAUCUUAUUCAACGCUCAGCACACUUCCACCCCCGAGGAUAAAAAGGAGAAGAAGCAGGACAAAGAGAAACAGUCUUCUGAAGGGAAGGGGCUACCACCAGAUAUUUUUCUGCCAAUAAAUGGCCACUCGACUCAUGAGUCAGCAGCUGUGAGGAAUCCAGGCAAAUGUCUGUCACAGACCAACUCAACUUACACCUUCACUACCUGCAGAAUUCUUCAUCCUACUGACAUUGUUCAAGUCUCAGCAAGUGUCAUGUAUGCUCCGGUGCCAAAUACAGGGGGUUCAUCCACGAAUAUGAUCUCCAGUCCAAGCACCCCCAUUGUUCCUUGCCGGCCAAGCAUUGAUGAAUCCUUCACAAAAAGAAGAGAGUCAACUACUACUCUGAGCAGCACUAGCAGCUUGACAAAGCUCUUGCAAGAUCGUGGAAUCUCUGCUGGUGUUUAUCGUUGCCCUCUGCUGAAAAUCCCACCUGUGGUUCCCCCUAAGAUGUUACCUAUACCCCGUACCCCACCAAACUCCCCCUGCCGCUCCCCAUGCCUAUCGCCGUUGCCCUUUGACACACAAGGAGCCAUUGAGAACUUCCUUGCCUCACGCCCUGCGGAGACGCUGCUCCAUGAAAUCUACUGCCUGAAGCCUGGUCGGGUCUGUGCCGAUUCUGCGCCCGCCAGUCUGAACCUGGUCAAGAAGUUGAAAAGAAUGGGAAUUGCACAGGCUGUUGCCCCUCGGAAUACCCCAGAGUGUGACGACAGCCAGGAAGGAAAGGUUAAGAAGCACCAACAGGAAUCGGCAGUGUACAUGGGGACUGGCAGCAGUCUGCUAGGUGUCUUGAGGCGAAACCAGAGUGUCCCCAGUGUGCUCUGUGGGCUUGGCAUGCCAAUACCAAAGAUGGGCACUUUUGAUGAGAAGACUGAAACCAAUUUGGUUUUACCUGCAAAGAAGUGACCCAUCUGAAUUCUAUUCCCACUAACCCCCCCCCACAACUCUCCAUCCCUCAUUACUCAGUCCCCCAACCCAGUCCUAAGUAGUUUUAACUGGAAGGCAGGUGUUUUGGUUGAGAAGCUCCUGAAAGUCUGAAGGUGGUAAGUGCAAGUGAACAAAGGAAGUUGAGCUGUUGAAAAGAUUAAAUGAUUUUGAGGUGAGAGUGUCAGUCAAGUGAACUGAUUGGUGAUGAAAUGAAGAAGGAAGUGCGGCGACAUAAAAUAUUUGAACAUUCUGAGGAUUUGUAAUGAAAGAUAGUAAUGAAGAAAGCGAUGUUUAUACAAGGGCUGAACCAGCAGCUUGACACUAAUGAGCAAGAUGAGCAGCAUUUCUCAACUCUUGCGCUUGGGAAAUAUCACGCGAAGCACAACAAAAAGCAUUAAAGCACACCCUUGAAUGUUUGAUUUGUACUAAGCUGUAGCGAAAUCACCACCCUUUCCUUAUGGAAGUGCUACCCUUUGUUUAUGAUUCAAGUACUCUUUGGCCUUGGCAGCCCCACAGCAAACCUUGCUGUAUUUGUUUAUUAUCAAAUGCUCAAACUGCCUCACCUCCUUUUCAGCAUGCAUGCAUUUUAAAAUCCAAGUAUCUUAAGGUCUUAUUUCUUAAACAUUUUUAAAGCAUUCACACUGUAACCCAUUAUCAGUGAACACAAGUGGUAAGUUACUUUUCUUCCAAAGCCAAUACACCAGGUACUAUUAUUGUACUGUAACCCAUCACAUUACCCCAAUUAAAUUCUAUUGGGACUUUCUAGAACACUGCUUAAUCAGGUUCUUCACUUUUUAGCAUAAACAUAGGAUUAUUUGAUCCUCAAAGUUUGGCAUAAGCCCUUUUGACAUGAAUGCAAUCAAUUAAAAACUCAGCACAAUAUGUUGGAAUUGGAGAGCUGUACUGAUCAAAAGCAUUAGGUGUGCUUUACUGUGAAACUGGUUAACUCCCUAUGAUAACUAUUUUUAUUGCAACCUGACCUUGACAAUGGAGACUGAAGUGGGUGGGUUCAGUUUAAGUCUGUGAAUAUUGAUUGGUGAUAUUGAACAAGUUGUGGGUGAUGGUGUGGUGGGGGGGGCAGGUUUUCAGAAUUGGUGCUUCAAUACUAUCAUAUUACUACUUCAUAUAAGUUAUAAAGAUUUAUUUUGCUCUAUGUACUAAUAUCAAGCUAUAUUAUAUUUGGUUGAGUUUAGUUUUGACCUGCUUUACCCAAAAACAACAGGUGAAAUCAUGGUCACUAGGAGUAGAAUUUGAGUUGACAAUGUUUGGUUAAUGUUUUUUUUACCCUCUCCAUUUUCUUCCACCUACUCUCCCCACCCCGCCCCCUUCAUUGUCCCUUUGGUCUGUGAGUUAGUCUGGGGAGAAAAACGAGGCAUGACUUGGUGGAGCUAAAUAUUCCAUCUCUUGGCUAUUUGAGGUAUAACAUAAAGGGACUGGAAUUGACAAAAAAAAUAGAAAAUACAGAUGGGGGUUCACCAUAGCCAAAACAGCAUGGUCUUUCAUUCAGUGUUGUAGAAUGAAGUGAAAGACAGCGCUAGCAAAUCUUCCAGUCUAAAUAUGGUGUCUGGUUUAAUAGUUUACAAAUGUCAAGACUCCAGAUUUUUGAAGUUAUUAAUGGUGUAGUAUGGAUAUUUUAUUUAUUUCAAAAACUUUUUUUAAAAGGAAGGAUCAUUGUCAUAUUUGAUUGUUGUUAUACAUCCAGAAUCUCUGACCCAGACACUUGUCAUGCUAUAGGUUUGGGAAAGCUUGUGGACCGUCAGUUUUGGGGUUGCCGGUUCUGAUUGGACAGAGUCCUCCAGGAGAUUCACCAUGUAACUAUAACCAGUCUGCUCCUGUGCUCCAGCCUUUGGUUGGUUGUCCACUUUCACAUAUUCUCGACCCAAUCAGUAAAAUGGACAUUGGCAGUCAAGAAUCACUAAAUUCUGUAACAAUCUAACAUUUUUUUCAUUUCCAUAUUUUGAAUAUCAAGAACAUGAAUGUAUAGAAAAAUUAAGAAUAAUGUUUUACCUAUGAAAUUAAUAUUUAAUUCCACAAAGUCACCAUGAUCCUGGAGGGUGGACACAGGCACGACUUUUGUUUUCAAUCAAGUAGUAAUUUUGUCUAUGUUUAAUGCUACUUGCAAAGCCAUGAAUUUAAAAUUCAGCUAUAUACUCUUUCCAAAGCAAAGUAAUCUUUCAGAGUGUAGUGGGCAAGAACUAUUUGGUUGCAAACCUCAUAGUAAGAUGCUGUUGGGAUGAAAUGUCAGCAUAAAGGGAAAAUGUCCUGGGUUGAUGGCAGUCCUUGGAAGAUGAUGUCUUUAAAAGCUGUCACGUCUUUAGAGUACACGGGUUGCAUGUCAUACUGCUAGGAUCCUGCCAGCUCACAGCCAAAGUGGCAGAAUCGCACUAAUCUUCACUUCGGGCAUGGUUUUGCACUUUAAAGAAAAAAUGCACUUGUUUUUAAAAAAGCAAACCUAUUUGUAAUUCUAAAACAAAAUCUAAUUGUAAAGUAGGGGAAUCUAAAGCAACCUAAAACAAAAUUUGUAGAAUAAUCUUUAAAACUUCAGUUAUUAUGGUUUUAAAUAUAGUUUCCAGAUGCGUAAUAAACUCAAGAAGUUUAAUCCGCUAAAUUAAUCAGGAGUGUAUUCCGCCCAGUUACCUACAGUUGAACAUGUAUGGCAUAAUCCCAAAAACCUUGGACCAUCUGCCAUUGUACAUUUGUGGAGGUCACAGAGGUGAAACAUGCUAUUAUUGAAAUCUGGGUAAUGGCAGUGAUCGGUGAAUAAGUCCUUUGGGAAUCUCACAAUGACGACUGCUGAUCACGUCCGGAGAGUGGAGGGGCACCAAACCACACAUUAGGAAAGAUAUAACCCAAAUUUUCUAUCUUAUUGGACUUUUCACACCCCCCACCCUGCAUGUAAAUGGAGUUUGAUUCCAGUACUAAGACCCCUAUAUUCUGAGGUGAGUUAUAUUUCAGUUACCUAUAUGCAUUUCCUGUGGAUUUGCAUUUAAAAAGGGAAUUGUGCUCAGUCAUUUCCACAAAUCGGUAUAGAGCAAAUAUGACUAAGCCUGGCAAGGUAUCAUUCUAUACUGAGUAUAAAGCAGCCUGUGAAUCUGGAGCAGGACAGUGAAUUCUAAUUGGCCAGUAAUCGAAAUUCAUGCUGCUUUGAGUUACCAAGGUUUGUAUAUACUGUACUGUAUUUAGGCUAGUAGGGGAUCAGAGAGAAUUUGCUUUCUUGUCUAAUUGAAAUAUUGUUUAAGAAUGUAUAUUGACCAUUUAAAUCCAUCCUGCAAGAGAAAAGUGGAAGUGCAUAUUUUUUGUUCAGACAGUGUAUUUUAAGCUCUAACCAUGAAUCAACCUGUGUUCUGCUGCCUUGUCACUGGGUGAGAACAUGCCCUUUUCUCGCUGUCUGCUUAGAAUUUAGAGGGGGAUUCAUAGAAACCCACCGAGUUUACUUGGUAUCUGCUGUUGCUUCUACUUGCUUACAUGUUUUGUUUAUAUUAAAUAUUUAUUUUAAAGCAGGGUGAGUUUUGGCUGAUAUUCUAAUUAUAUGGCUCUGGGGUUGUCCUAAUAGUUAGCCCUGUCUGACCACAGCCCAGCUCAAAAUGAAUAGGUCCUGAAUGGGUCCCUGCAAUGCACAAUAUUACUGGUUAGUGCUUGCUGAUUCUGUGUAGUCCCCUGCCAAUGGCUUGAUUGCAUGUCUAUAGAAAGUCUCUGGGAAAUUCUUGCACUAUUUUUUUUAUAUAUAGGAGGAGAGAUUUCUUUAAUCCAUUCAGUGAAUAGUUUUACUAGUUACUGCACACAGUUGCUAUAGCUGGUAUGUGGUGUAGUCCUCCUUACAGUGUGUUUACGUGUAGCAGUGGUCCGGCGACUGAGCUACUUGCCACCUAGCUGAUAGGUUUCUUGGCUUUAGAUUUACUUUCUAGAACUACCCUGAGAAGACAAAUGCAGUUGUUUUCUCCAAAUGUCAUUUGUUAUGCAAUAUUUGAUAUUUAUUGUAAUAAUUAAUAUAACUGCAAAAUACAUGGCAUUCUGAGUCACUUCAACUCAUAAAUAAACUU